UUGUAUGUCAGGCAAACGUUACACCAUAAAAUGCACAUUGCAUUUUGAUAUCACCUAAUUAGCUAACAAACUUAGCGCUUUCCUAUCGCAUGGCCCGUGAAGCCAACUCUUUAAACCACCUCUACCACGCGGAGGGUUGUACACGAUCUACUAGCUGCUGCUGCAGUGAUUAUUCCACUUUGUUGUUAACGUCAAUGUUUCACGUUGCCUGCGGUGCCGCCCCGCCUGGUAGCCGUAAGUAAGACCAAACCACCUGACAUGGUGAUCGAGGCGUACCGAAAAGGGCAUCGCAAUUUUGGUGAAAACUAUGUGAAUGAACUUGUGGAUAAAGCAUCAAAUCCUCAGAUUUUAGAAUCAUGCCCAGAAAUCGAGUGGCAUUUUAUUGGCCAUUUACAGAAGAAUAAUGUCAACAAACUUUUGGGUGUACCAAACCUGUUCAUGGUGGAGACGGUGGACUCAGCCAAGUUGGCCGACAAGGUGAACAGCUCCUGGCAGAGGUUAAGAGCAGCUAGUACGCAGAAGUUAAAGAUCAUGGUUCAGAUCAACACCAGUGGGGAGGAAAGUAAACAUGGACUGCCUCCUGGUGAGACAGUGAACACAGUGAAACACAUUUUAUCCAAAUGCUCUGCCCUACACUUCUCUGGACUCAUGACCAUUGGUCGCUAUGGCUACGACCUAGCUGAUGGCCCUAACCCAGAUUUUCAGGCUUUGCUGAGUCGGCGACAGGAAGUGUGUGCCAGUCUACAGCUGCCCCUUGAGGAUGUAGAACUUAGUAUGGGCAUGUCCACUGACUUCGAACACGCGAUUGAGGUGGGUUCAACCAACGUGCGAGUUGGUAGUACUAUUUUUGGUAAUAGGGAUUAUCCCAACACUCCCACUCCCAGUCCAGAGAGAAAGUCAAAGGUGCCGACAGAAGAAGCAGCUAAGAAGAUGGAGCGUCUCACUGUGACAGAACAGUGAUGUUUCUCCUUCCUACACUCACAACAGGCUGAAAAGGAAUUCAGUAUUUUAUGAGAAUUAACUGGGGGAAAAAUGUCUUUGGUUGAUGUAGAUUUUCAAUUCAUUUCUACGGAGCCCAUUCAUUUGAGCGUUUUUGGAAGGAAUUCGAUCUUCAAGUUGACGUUACAAACUGAGAUUUUUAAACCACUUCUCACAUCAGGCAUAGAUUCUAAUUACCCAAUUGAUGAUGUAGGAUAUAAGAAGCUAUAGCUCACAUCUCGAUCUUGUGCCAACCCUAGAUUCAAUAGAUACCGUUUAACACGAUAACAUAAUACAGUAUAUCGAUCAUUCAGAGAGUCAAGCAGAGAUGGAGUUUAUAUCUAGCAAAUGUUUUGAUAAUUAAUAUACUGAACUCUUCACUGUUUUGAAUAUCCCAGUGAUUGGGAAUCUUACAUAGUAAAAUGUCCUAUUUUUCUGGCAAAAUACUUGUGAUUUAAUAAACAUACCCCCCCCCUUUAUGAUG